AGGUCCCCGCCUCAUCAGGUACUGAUCUCCCGCGCGACGCCGAGAGCUGCUGUGACCUAGCGGAAGUAAUUCCUUGGACUGCCCCGGAACCCACAGGGACAGGCAACUGGGGGUAGAGGGGCGGCCCUGGAGUAGGGGCUGCGGCGGUAGGGAGAGACUUGGCUGCGGUCGCUGUGGUGCCGAAGAGGAACUACUAACAUUCCUGUGGAACCAAAGUAGAAUUAUAUAAGAACAUAAUGGAUGGAGAGGAGAAAACCUAUGGUGGCUGUGAAGGCCCCGAUGCCAUGUACGUCAAAUUGAUAUCUUCUGAUGGUCAUGAGUUUAUUGUAAAAAGAGAACACGCACUAACAUCAGGAACUAUAAAAGCCAUGUUGAGUGGCCCAGGUCAGUUUGCUGAAAACGAAACCAAUGAGGUCAAUUUUAGAGAGAUCCCGUCACAUGUGCUUUCGAAAGUCUGCAUGUAUUUUACCUACAAGGUUCGCUACACUAACAGCUCCACUGAGAUUCCCGAAUUUCCCAUCGCACCUGAGAUAGCACUGGAACUGCUGAUGGCUGCGAACUUCCUAGAUUGUUAAAUAAAAUAAAUUAUAAUAAACUGUUAAUUUUUCAGUAUUUAAUACUUGUAGUUCAGUUAGUAAUUUUUUCAUAUAUAGCAUGUUGCCUGUAUGCAAUUGAACUAUAAAGUUAAUUGCAAAGCAGAUUAUCUUGUUUUUUGCAUAGCAGAGUUGACAUUUGUUUGCCAUAUCAGCAAAUUAAGGACGUUUUCACAAACAGAAAUAAACAGAUAUGCCAAUUCGUAGGUGGUUUUGCCUUAUCUUUUGGAUGUAACUUUAAAAAUUAGAACAAUGAUAUAGCAAAUGCUGAAAUAUAGGCAUAAAUGAACAUGUUCUACAGGUAAAAAAAAUGGGGCUAAGUAUUUUUAUGGUUUUUGUUUUUAAAAAAAUUAUGAUCCUAUAGUUGCUGAUAAGUGUUACUAGUUAUGCAAAUAAUUACAUGAUAAACAUUUAUAACUUAGUCAAAACAUUUUUUAUAACUCAAAGAAUAAGAGUUUUUCUUAAAUGUGUUUUUUUAUAAACUGCAAUAUUGUUUAAGUGUAUUGUGUUUUGUUUAUUGCUACAAUUUAAGAAGUUAAUUUAAAAGAAAUUUUGGAAGGUUAUAAGUACAACUUUUAGGGCUAUAACUGUUUGAACUGUGGCCAGAUGGUCAACAAGGAAACUACAUGACUUAGGAGUUCUGUGUAUUGUGCGUUUUGGGCAGUCCAAAGUGCUGUGUUCUCAUUUUACGAUAAACUCCCUUCCUCAUUCUUCCUACAUAGUCCUUUUUGAGUAUACUUCUACUUGUUUAAGUGUAUAUUAAAACAAUCACUAUGAGCUUUAUCUAAAUCUUAAAACCAGACAAUUCUAGUCUUCCUCCACCUAAGUGAAAUGUUAUAAAAUAGAACAAUGUGGAGAGAUGCAAUGAAAAUUUUAUAAUGUACUUAAAUAUAGUAUGAUUAUAUCUUCUAAUUAAAAUAAGUUCCAAUAAAUAUAGUGCCAUCAUCAGUGGGUGUUCUGAAAUUAAACUCUUAUGAGUCAUGCUGUAUGUUAUGGCAUGCCUCUGUAAUCCCACACUCACGAGGCUGAAGAGGAUCAUGGUGAGUUCAAGGCCAGCCUGGGCUACAGAGCAAGACCUUGUCUUUAAAAAAACAAACCAUGACACGACAUCUUUAUUUAGCAUGGGAAAAGAUGCACUGGUGUUGCACUUAGUAUUCUUUUAGAACACAGCUGUCAUAGCAACUGUAAAUCUUCAGCGUAUUUCCUUGCAAAAUGAGCUUAAGCUGGAUUGGUAUCACACACACCUGUAACCUCAGCUAUUUGGGAGGAUCACAAGGUUGCAGCCAAUGUGGACAACUUUCUAUGACUGUCUCAAAACAGAAAAAUACACAAAAAGACAGCGAAUGAAGCUCUGUAGUAGAGCACACCUGGGUUUUAUCUCCAGUACCUUUAAACUCAACAAAAACUAGGUUAAUGUAGAUCAUUUUGUCAAAAUCUCCUGUUACAUCAUGAAAUAAGUUUGUGCUUAAUCCUCCUGCGUAUCAGCUGUUUUAGCUUCACUAUUAAAUUUUGACACAGACUUUAUUGUA